AUGAUUGAUGAUGUGCUGGAGCUAGAAGCAGACGUUGCAGGAACGGGAGACAUGAGCACCCUAAGUGAGAUAACAGGAACAAAGCUACCCCUGGACCCUCGCGCUGCCCUUGAAAUUCUGCAGAUGGGAGGCCUUGUGCAUGUGCCUUCUCCUGGUGUGGCGCAUACUAUUUUGUUGCUGACUGACAGUAUGCGACCCCAGCUGCGGCAGCUGCAGCAGCAUCAGCAGCAGGAGCGGCAGUACACCUUUUGGUGGACGCAGCUGAACAGGCCUGAUUAUCGCAGCUCCGUGCGUCUGCAGCAGAGAACUAGACAAAUUCUGCGAGUCGGCAGGAGCAAACGCGAAGAAGAUGACUCAGCCAGAAAGAUAUGGGAUCUAAAGCCUACCCCACCAUCAGGUAAUCAAACAGCAGCAGCAGCAGCAGCAGCAACAGCAACAGCAGCAGCGGGGUGCUUGGAGCUGUUCAUUAACGGGGUUGGGGAGCCCGGAAAGAAGUAG